AUGGAUGACAAGCCUGAAUCCUCUGCCGCCACCAAACCCAACACCCUUCACCCCGCCUACUCGGUUACCAAUAUUAAUGCUAAAAUCCGUACCUUAGAUGGCACGAACGUAACCUACUCUAACUGGGUUAAGCUGUUUAACCUUCAUGUCACCGCCUACAAAGUUGCAAACCACAUUGACGGCAGCCCAGCCCCUGCAAAAACAGCCCUGGAUUAUGAUGUAUGGAAGGAACUCGAUGCUGAGAUCCUCAAACGCAUCAUUGAUAACAAUGCCUCGGCACAUGAUGCUUGGGCCAAGCUGGAAAUGAUAUACCUCAGUAAUAAGAAGGCACGGGCUGCUGCACUCGAAACCCAAUUCUGCAACAUGACCCUUGGUGCCUGUGCUUCUUUGGAUGAUUAUUGUCAGCAACUUCAGAGUCUUGCAUCACAACUCGCUGAUGUCAACGAACCUGUCUCUGACUCUCGGCUGGUCUUAUAG